UCCGUGUCAGCUUGCUCUCCUCGAGCGAGUGCCUCGAACUUUUAGGUGGACGAUGUCGGAAAGUAACUCGGCAGAGCGCGGCAACAGAGACGAGGAGCAGGUGCCUGGUGCUAAAGUCAUCGCCCAGGCCCUGAAAACGCAAUCCCCAGGGGGUGAAGUACAUGUUUGGCGUCGUGGGCAUCCCGGUGACCGAAAUCGCCUUUGCCGCCCAGGAGCUGGGCAUCAGAUACGUCGGGAUGAGGAAUGAGCAAGCGGCUUGUUAUGCUGCUUCCGCGGUUGGAUAUCUGACAGACCGGCCAGGAGUAUGCCUUGUUACCUCUGGCCCAGGUCUCAUCAAUGCCUUGACUGGUAUGGCAAAUGCAAACAUGAACUGCUGGCCCUUGCUUGUAAUCGGUGGUUCCUGUGAAAGAAGUCAGGAAACAAUGGGAGCCUUCCAGGAGCUUCCUCAGGUGGAAACUUGUAGAUUAUAUAGCAAGUUCUCUGCCCGGCCAAGCAGCAUACAAGCUAUUCCCUCUAUUAUUGAAAAGGCGGUGAGAAGCAGUAUUUACGGCCGUCCAGGUGCUUGCUAUGUUGACAUGCCUGCAGAUAUUGUGGACCUCAAGGUGAAUGUGAGUUCUAUAAAGUACGUGGAGUGCUGCAUGCCACCUCCUGUUAGUAUGGCAGACGGCUCUGCUGUGUGUAUGGCAGCAUCUGUUCUUAGGAAUGCCAAGCAGCCCCUUAUCAUCAUCGGGAAAGGUGCGGCUUAUGCCCGUGCAGAGGAGGCUGUGUGGAAACUGGUGGAGCAAUGUAAAUUGCCUUUUUUGCCAACUCCCAUGGGAAAGGGUGUUAUUCCUGACAACCAUCCAAACUGUGUAGGUGCUGCCAGGUCCAGGGCUUUGCAGUUUGCUGAUGUAAUUGUGUUAUUUGGUGCCAGAUUAAAUUGGAUUUUGCAUUUUGGACUGCCUCCACGAUUUCGGCCAGAUGUGAAGUUUAUCCAGGUUGAUAUCUGUGCAGAAGAAUUGGGGAAUAAUGUAAGACCUGCUGUGACUUUGUUAGGAGACAUAAAUGCUGUCACUAAACAGCUUUUAGAACAAUUUGAUAGAACACCGUGGCAGUAUCCUCCAGAGAGCAAGUGGUGGAAAACUCUGAGAGAAAAAAUGAAGAGCAAUGAAGCUGUAACCAAGGAAUUAGCUUCCAAAAACUCCCUGCCUAUGAAUUAUUUUACGGUGUUCUACCAUGUUCAAGAACAACUACCCAAGGACUGUUUCGUGGUAAGUGAAGGAGCAAAUACUAUGGAUAUUGGACGCACUGUGCUUCAAAACUACCUUCCUCGGCACAGGCUUGAUGCUGGUACUUUUGGAACGAUGGGAGUUGGUUUGGGAUUUGCCAUUGCAGCUGCUGUAGUGGCUAAAGAUAGAAACCCAGGACAGCGGGUCAUCUGUGUGGAGGGAGACAGUGCCUUUGGGUUUUCUGGCCUGGAAGUGGAGACCAUCUGCAGGUACAACUUGCCAAUUGUACUUCUGGUGGUGAAUAAUAAUGGAAUUUACCAAGGUUUCAAUGCAGAUACUUGGAAGGAAAUGUUAAAAUUUGGAGAUGCUACUUUUGCAGCCCCGCCACUCUCUCUUCUGCCAAACGCACAUUAUGAGCAGGUCAUGACUGCAUUUGGAGGUAAAGGGUAUUUUGUACAAACUCCAGAAGAACUCCAAAAGUGCCUGAGUCAGAGCUUGGCAGACACAACUAAACCUUCUCUUAUCAACAUUAUGAUUGAACCGCAAGCUACACGGAAGCCCCAGGAGUUUCACUGGCUGACCCGCUCUAAUAUUUAAAUGAAGAUGCCAAUGAGUGGUCUUAAGGAGUUUUCUCUUUCCUGUAAGAUGGAAUUUUAUUUCCCACAGCAAAAUUACCAUAAUGUUAAAAUUCUUGUGCAAAAAGAAAUAAAAACAUUUCCAAAUGACA